CAAACCUCUUUUUCUUUCACUUCUUCACAAUCAACUCAAAUCAUUCAAAGUAACAAGUUAAACACAAAUCAACACAUCCAAUACAUUCCAAAUCUUCCCACACAAUCGUUUGUAUUGGAAAAAGGUUCAUAUUUUACGAUUCACCGUUUCUUCUAAGAGACAUCUACCACUCCUUCGAAAAAAAUUCGUAUCUUCAAGAUACGUCAUAACAACCAUCAACAAUUUGGAUCGCACACUUUGCGACUUGCGAUAUUGAACAAACUAUACAAAAACACAUACGACGAUUCUAAUCAAAAAGACGUCAAAAUGAUGAACCGAACAUCAGCGCCUCCUAGAGGUCCGCGAAAUUCGUCUUCAAGCGCAAGAGGUGGUGGUCGCGUGGGUGGUGGGGGAAUUUCAAAACGACGAGGGGGUCCUAUUCGAGCCGAUAAAGAUGGGGAUUUGGAUAUGGAUACUACGACGGGCGCAAAUGGUCGCAAGGGUGGAAAGGGAGCCAUUGGAGGUUCUCUUCCAACUGGACCGCGCGGACAUGGUCGGGGAGGUGCAAGAAACGCUGGUCGUGGUGGAGGAAGACUCGACGUCACGCGAAACCCACAAGCCAUUCUCCGAGGCAUGGGAUCGCAAUCGCAACAAGCCAAUGUAUUGGUCACUCUUUGGAUCAAAGGGCUGAAGGGAAGUAAAGCAGCUUUGAAUGAUGAUCAAGGUCUCUCGUCGUUAGUGUCAUUUAUCGAGCGCAAAGCUACGACUUUGGAAUCCAGGUCAAAGAGAUGUGUAAGAGUCAAAAAGGUACGUUCUUAUCGCCAUGAUUUGGGGAUCAUGAGUUCCAUUACGCUGUCGUCGUAAUAUCCCGCUCUUGCUAAGUCAAGCUCACUACAACGAGUGGAGGAUCGACACUUUCGCUUUACCACUUCGUGAUUCGCGGACGAUUUCAAGAUCAUCUACAUCUUACUAACUUCGGAUAGUCACAUAAGAAAGGUGACAUCGUUGUUAUCUCAGUUACUCCGGAAGAUGCAGCCACCAUCAUGAAGUUGGAUGGGUUUGCGUUUGCCGGAUCAACGAUUGGAGUUCAAGACAGCGAGCCAUCGAAGAUGUCAGAGCAGAAGGAAGAGUCUGAGGAGGCUCGGUCAACUCGAGAGAAGAUUCAGGCGGUUCUUGCAGCUCGAUACGAUACCAACCUCAAGCUUUUAAACCUCUCGGCUUUGGGACAAGACGAGCAGUUGAAGCAGAUGGGAAUCUUCCAAGAUGACACUCUUGUCACCAAACUUUUCCCAGUUUUGAUGGUCAUUUGCAACAAAUUGUUCACCACCCGACAAGCUAAGAAAGACGCCAUAGUCAGUAUUACUUUGACCGACAACUACCUAACGGAUCUCUCCAAUAUCACCUCGUUGGCUUCAACAUUUCCUGAUUUGAAGAAUCUCGAUCUCUCCCGAAAUCAGUUCGCUAGUUUGGAAUCCCUAAAAUUAUGGCGGUGGAAGUUCCGAAACCUCGAAAACCUCGUCUUGUCAGGCAACCCUAUCGAAACGCUCGUUCCAGAUUACACAACUGAGGUUGUACGAUGGUAUCCAGCACUUCAACAAUUGAGUGGCGUCCAAGUCAGAAGUGUUGCUCAAGUUGCUGCAGAUCUCGAGGCUAUUAAAACACCAUUCCCAAUUGCUAGCCCAUCUUUCCGAGAUGUCGGACAAGUUGCUGAAAACUUUGUCAAACACUUCUUCGGGGCUUACGAUAAAGAUCGCAACCUCUUACUCAGCAAUUUCUACGAUACUGGAUCCGCAUUCUCACUCAUGGUCAAUAUGUCAGCAGUACGAGAUCAUGAUCACUCAAUGCCUGUCCCACCAUGGGUGGCAUAUAACAAAUCUAAUCGAAAUUUUGUCAAAUAUACACACCUAUCUACUAGAAUAUCUCGGCAAUCUACUGGUAUUGAGGAAAUACAAGAAAUGUGGAGCGAUUUACCUAAAACAUUACACCCCGACAUCGCUACACGACCUGAUCUAUACCUUGUCGAAUGCCAGCCUAUUCCAGGUCUCCCUGAUCUUUCUGGACAGAGCGCUACUGGGGUUGAUGGUCUCCUCAUUGACGUACAUGGCGAAUUUGAGGAGGAUGUUGCCAAUUUUGAAGGAAAAGCUCUGCGAAGCUUUUCACGAUACUUCAUUCUUGGUCCCGGAGGACCCAAUGGGCCUCCUAUUAGAGUUAUCAGCGAUAUGCUUUGCCUUAGAGCUUGGGGUCCUUUGCCUCAAAUUGCAGAAGUGUUUGUGCCUCCAAAAGUUCCAAUUGUUGCGCCGCUUUAUGACACUCUGCCCACUGGCGAGCAACUGAACCAAGUACGUGCUGAAAAACUUUCAGCUAAGACUGGCAUGAAUUUACAAUAUUCGGCUUUGUGCUUGGAAGAGACGGGAUGGGAUUUGGACAAUGCCUUUAUUGCUUUCCAAGCCAACAGAGCAAAUUUACCGGCGGAGGCAUUUCAAAAGCCAUGAUUUGACAGGAAAGGGGGAGGUCAUCAGCGUCGGAGUUUUCUUUACGGAUUAAAAUAUUAAGAGAUGAAUGGUGGCAGCAUUUUUGAUGAAUUGAAGGUUAUAGCAGCAUUGCACUGUGGAGUUUUUUUUUUCUUUUAGGGUUUUCUUGGGUCCGAAUCGCAAAACUGUUGAUCUCAUCAAGAAAUGAUGUAUGAUCAAGCGAUUCUCAGCGCGAAUGGAGUUUAUGGGUUACAUACAUACAGUUGUAAAAACGUAUGUUUAGCGAUUUUUUGAUUAAAGGGAGGCAUACAUGCAUAUUGCAUAUUGCAUAUUGCAUAUGGAUUAUACACAUUCAGAAUUUUGAUUGUGUACUUGGCGAGUGUAAAGGAAAGAAAUUUGUAAAUAGUUUCAAUAGCGAAGUGUCUUGGUACACAAAUAGCGAAUUAUACAACUUUAGUUUUUAAAUCAAGCCUUGUUUUGUUUUGUAUGAUGUGAUUCUGAGGAU